AUGAAGUAUGAGCCUGGGGCUUGGAUGGUGCUUGAUGCCAUUCUCCUGUCACUGGGAAAAAUCACCAAGAAAAUGACUUUGAAGAGAUUUCUCUCCAUCAUACUGGAAAUAAAACAAACACUCCAUCAUACUGGAAAUAAAAUGUGGUGUUCACAUGUCAUAAAACCUAUUAAGUGGUAA